AUGUUCCUAAUUGACCAAUUGAAAACUUUUGUUUUUGGAGGAAAUCCCAACGACCCAAAGUAUCAACCAAAGACGAUUGGCGAAUAUAAGCCGCCACAGAGUAAACAUGAAGGAACUCAGUCUAGUGAAAGAGAAUAUCCAACACCGGCAAAAUAUUUACAAAACCCCGAACUUAUCCCCAAGUACUACUCUUUCCAAUCUAACAUGAUUACGGACGAGGAUUUGCAGCCUGGGAUGCUUCGCAAUUUAGAGGUGGACAAGCGACUAACCUUGCCAACCAGAACCCAUAUCAGAUUUCUAAUAACUGCCACGGAUGUCAUUCACUCCUGGGCGGUACCGAGUCUGGGCAUCAAAGCAGAUGCCGUUCCAGGUAGACUGCAUAGGGUCACAACUUUUAUACAGAGGGAGGGGGUGUUCUACGGCCAAUGUUCGGAAAUGUGCGGGACUCUACAUGGCUUUAUGCCGAUUGUUAUCGAGGCAGUUUCUCCGCAAGUAUACGCAGCACAUGCAAAGAAGUAUUACGUUGACGAAUGA